AUGGCUGCCGAGAAGCGAAUAACUCCAUUGGACCAAUGGGGCCUCAAAGUCGUCUGCCCAGACCAAGCGUUGAUAUGCUGCCACUGCCAGAAUGCCUCGAGAAUCGGUGCCGAUUACGUGUUGCAGCAUAUCGCAAGUCAUCAGAGCGUGGAAUCAAUCAGCCGUGAUCGUCUAGAACGCCAUCUCAAGACCUUUGAGCUGAACGACGUAGCACAGCUAAAUCCCCGUAAAGACGGAUCGCCCUGUGAUCCGUCUUUAAGGAUUUAG